AUGCGUCGCAGGGAUGCAUUUCCCAGCUUCCAUUCGCGAGAUAUCAUCGACCAAGAGAUCCAGCAGCUGUGCGAGCAGUGGCCAGCGAUACUUGAAGAUAACACAAUCAUUCGAAAAGCGCAGGGGCGUUAUCGCAUCAAUGGUCGAGAAGUUGCCGUCUCCUUGCGCAUGCGAGAGGCCACGCGAGAAGAGGAGGAGAGCGUGUCAAAGACUCCGUCCUUGGAGGGAUCUAGGGUGGAAGGGCUGGAGUCGGACGACCUCAUUGUUCGGGAUGGGCCGCUCAAGCAGCCAUUCCUUGACUACGUUUUUGAUACCGGGCAGAAGGAGUCUUACACCAUGGCCGAGCCAGAAAAGGUCGAUGCAGCGAAGCCCGCCCAGUGGUCCAAGCCUUUGGCACCUGACCUAAAGGGCGGUCAGCUGGCAGUCCAGGAUGAUCGACUGGAGGCAAUGGGUAUUGCGUGGAAGACUCUGGCAACCUCAGACGCCCUUGCCCUCAGCGAGUUGCCGCAGAUGCCACUGCCACCUCCGCUGCCCAGAAGCUCUGAGCCUGUUCAGAAUGCUGCAGGCAAGGGCCCAUGCCUGCUGACAAUGGGAUUCUUGGAACGAUAG